AUGUUGGCUACUUUCGCUAAACCCGAGGCAACGACCGAGGAGUACAUUCAGGACAUUCAGGACACCGUCCCUUACCUCGACCUCACCGUUCCCCACGACGACCUCUUCAACGGGGCCGCCGCCGUCAUGAAGGCCCUCUUCCCCGACUGGAACACAGACGAGAUCUCUUACAUCCAGUUCAAGGACGGCAUCACCAACAAGCUGAUCUGCUGCACAUACAAGCCCACGGGCGUCCAGAUCCUUGUCCGUGCCUACGGCAAGAAGAGCGAGGUCAUCAUUGACCGCAAGCAGGAGAUCAUGAACAUGGUCAUCCUCUCCAAGCUUGACCUCGCUCCACCACUCUAUGGAAAGUUCAGGAAUGGACUCGCUUACGGAUGCGUUCCCGGAAAGGUGUUCUCUGUGGCCGACAUGAGAGACGCCCACAAGAUGACCCUCGUUGCCAAGAAAAUCGCUGUCUGGCACAACACCGUCAAGAUCCCUGGAGAGAGAUCCUCAAAGCUCUUCAAGACCAUCCACAAAUGGAUCAAAGAAGUGCCCGAGUCAUACAGCAAGCCAGCAGUUCAGGAGAUCUUUGCUAAGAACUUCAACAUGGAGACUCUACACAAGGAACUGAUUCUUCUCGAAAACCACCUGCUCAAGCUCAACUCGCCCGUCGUCUUUUGCCACAACGACCUUCUCUAUGGCAACUUGAUCUACAACGAGGAAAAGGACGACGCCUUCUUUAUCGACUAUGAAUACGGAUCGUACUCGUUCCGUGGUUUUGAUAUCGCCAACCACUUUAACGAGAUGUGUGGAUUCGAGUGCGAAUACGAGAACUAUCCCAACAAGGAGGUCCAGUACAAGUGGCUUUCGAACUAUUUGAGCGCCGAACGGGACGAAAGUAAGGGACCCGUUUCAGAGGAGGAGGUUGCCAAGGUCUACCGCGAAGUCAACAAGUUUGCCCUCGCCUCCCACUUUUACUGGGGUAUCUGGGCAUUGGUCCAGGCACAGUUGUCCGAUAUUGACUUUGACUACAUGCCCUAUGCGGUUCUCCGUUUCGCAGAAUACUUCAAGCGUAGGGAUGAGUUCUUGGCCCUGUAA